AUGGUGAACAUCUGGGGCGGCAUCAUUGAAUGCUCGGUCGGCUACCGGGAGCUCGCCCGGCGCGUGCGGUUCAACCGCUUCGAGAUCCUUGCGUACCACCAGUGGUGCGUGCUGCACGAGGGCUUCCGCUUCAGGGACGUCACGAAUCUGACGGGCGAGGCCAAGUGGGGCUCGUACCUGGAGGACCCCCAGCCAGGGGCGAACUUGGCCGAGCUGGCCCCCCUCUGGACGUCGGCCCAGGCGCUGGAGAGGGCGGUGAAGGGCAUCAUCACCGGCACCCCGGCCGACCAGCCGCCGCUGCUGAUCUUCCACAGCGACCAGGGCGCGGCCAGGAGGGGCUUCAUGGAGCAGCGGGGGAAGUUGAAGCGCGCUUGGGCGGAGGUCCUGGGCGCCAUGCUGCUCCAACAGAAUCGCAGCGACUACAGCCAGGAGUCCAUCGAGCGCUAG